CUAGCUCAUGGUUUUCACGGACGAGACACGUCACAUCCACGACUCAACCAUGCCAAUCAGCCCUAAAGCUACAAGGGAGACGGUGCAAGCAUUAGCAGGAUUCAAUGACAUCCAGAUGGAUCGGUUCUAUGUUGUUACUAAGGAGGUAGCUAAAAAACUUGUUCACGAAGACUUCACAAUAACUUGGAAGCAAAUGAAAGCGAAUAGGAAGAUAGAAGCUAUACGCGGGAUAGAGCUUCAAUUGCUAGAAGAUGAUUUUCCUAUGAUCAGUGAAAAGACUUUUAGUGAGAUUGUAAAUUGGCGCAUGACGCGUGUAGUGGAUACUCAGCGAAAAUACCAACAAACAAUUGCUGAUGCCUGCCGAUCAGGCACAAGUCGUGCCUAUGACCCGGUUCGUGACACAUAAGGUGCUCAAGGGACACUGAACGUCUGCUUCGGUCACAUGGGCAAUGGACAGGAUUCUACUGCGAACGAUUUUGCGAUACCUCGCACAAUUGAGCAAUCCCCAAUUAUUACGUGACUUUCGUUAUUGGGGGCACUUUGGUCUCAGUACGCGGAUUCGCCUUGGAAGUAUUCUUGAUUAUGAUGCGGUAUGGCAAGUUUGCGUUCAUAGCUCAUGUCACGAAUCAGA